UAAAUUUAAAAAAAUUAAUUUGGAAAAGAAAAAAAAGUGAAAAAUAAAAGUUAUAAUAAAAAAUAAAAAUUCAAAUUAAUAAAAAAAAAGCAAAAUAAAGUUGUAGGUAGGUUAUUUAAAAAAAAAAUUUAAAAUUUGAAAAUUUAAAAAAAAAGAAAAAGGACGCAAAGAAUAAAAUUUUAACAACAACAAAUUAUCAUUAUAUUUCGUAUGUGUAUGUAUAUGUUUUGACAAAAAAAUAUACAUAUUCAUAUUGUAAUCAUGAAGAAAUCAUAUAGAGAAUCACAAUAAUUUUCAAAGAAAAAUAAAAUUAAAUACACACACGCACGCAUUUAAGUACAUAUUCAAAAAAAAGAAGAAGAAAAAUAAAGAAAAAACCAAAACAGUAUAAAAUUAAAAAUAUUUUCAAUAAAAAUAUGACAUCUAAUACACAUUAUAUAUGUAUAUACAUGUAUUAAAAUUUGUGAUAUUAAAAUUACAAACCAAAAAAAUUAAACAAAGAAAAUAUCGAAGGACACAAACACAGCUAUAAAAAUUGUAAUAAUAAGAAAUUUAAAACAACUAUAUAAUAAACGUAUUCAGCGAAUCGACUAUCAAAAUGCAGAAAGAAAAUAACGCACCAGCUGAAAGCCAUCAAUAUGUUGGCCCAUAUAGAUUAGAGAAAACAUUGGGUAAAGGACAAACUGGUCUGGUUAAAUUAGGUGUACAUUGUGUCCUUGGUAAAAAAGUGGCAAUUAAAAUAAUUAACCGUGAAAAACUUAGUGAAUCUGUUUUAAUGAAGGUUGAACGUGAAAUAGCAAUUAUGAAAUUAAUAGAUCAUCCGCAUGUCCUUGGAUUAUCGGAUGUAUACGAAAAUAAAAAAUAUUUAUAUUUAAUAUUGGAACAUGUUUCCGGUGGUGAAUUAUUCGAUUAUUUAGUUAAAAAAGGACGAUUAACACCAAAGGAAGCGAGAAAAUUUUUUCGUCAAAUAAUUUCAGCAUUAGAUUUUUGUCAUUCACAUUCAAUAUGUCACAGAGAUUUAAAACCAGAGAACCUGCUGUUAGAUGAAAAGAAUAAUAUUAAAAUCGCUGAUUUUGGUAUGGCAUCACUCCAACCGGCUGGAUCUAUGUUAGAGACAUCAUGUGGAUCACCGCAUUAUGCUUGUCCAGAAGUCAUUCGGGGUGAAAAAUACGAUGGUCGAAGAGCGGAUGUAUGGUCUUGUGGUGUAAUUUUAUAUGCUUUACUUGUUGGUGCUUUGCCCUUUGAUGAUGAUAAUUUAAGACAGCUUUUAGAAAAAGUUAAACGUGGUGUAUUUCAUAUACCACAUUUUGUUCCGCCAGAUUGCCAAAGCUUAUUACGUGGCAUGAUUGAAGUGAAUCCUGAUCGUAGAUUAACCUUAGCAGAAAUUAAUCGUCACCCUUGGGUAACCGCUGGCGGUAAGGGUGAACUUGAAUUAGAAUUACCAAUGAUGGAAGUUGUUCAAACACAUGUGAUACCUACUGCCUCGGCUGUUGAUCCGGAUGUAUUAAAUGCUAUUUGUUCAUUAGGAUGUUUUAAAGAGAAAGAUAAAUUAAUUGCAGAAUUACUUAGUCCAAAUCAUAAUACGGAAAAGGUAAUUUAUUUUUUGUUAUUGGAACGAAAACGACGUAGACCAGCAUUAGAAGAUGAAGAUGAAAUACCGAAACCAAGACAAGAUACUGAUGUUAUUGAUCCACCACGAAAACGUUUAGAUUCAUGUCGUGUUAACGGUUCAAAUUGUUUAAAUUUGGGUCAAAUAAGUGAAGGAUCACCAUUAACACCUAGAAGGCAGGCGUUCAAUUUCCGCUCCUAUAGCAAUGCAAGGAAUCAUAAUGCUCGCCGUUCACCGUCAUCAGCAGCAACAAUACGUUCAUCAUCAUAUCAUAGUCCAACACGUGGUGGUUCACCAAUAAAUGCACCACAAACAACAAUUAUAUCACGACCAUCAUCACCGGCAACAACAAUUGUAUCACCAUCGGCAAGACAUUCAACGCAUUCACCAACACCGGUAACACGUACACCAUCGCAAACAAGUAAUACAGCUGAUUCAAAUAAUACAUCACCAGCACAUCAUCGUGCCAAUUCUGGUCCAACAAUAGCGAUUAGUUUAUUUCAAGAUCCAGAAAGUAAUAAUGUUAUGACGCCGCCUGGUUCACCUCAUAUGAAUGCUUCACCAGCAGUAAUGACAGGUUCAACGUGCAGUGCUACCGGUGGACAAUUGUGGAAAACUAGACUGACAAAUAUCAAAAAUAGUUUCUUAGGAAGUCCACGAUUUCAUCGAAGAAAACUUCAAGUUUCAGCAGAUGAAGUUCAUUUGACACCUGAAUCUUCACCAGAAUUAACAAAACGUUCAUGGUUUGGUAAUUUAAUGACAACUGAAAAAGAUGAAACAUUUACGAUAUUAGUUAAAGGAAAGCCAAUAGCAACGGUUAAAGCUCAUUUAAUACAUGCAUUUUUAUCUAUGGCAGAAUUGUCCCAUAGUGUGGUUUCUCCUACGUCAUUUCGUGUUGAAUAUAAGAGAAAUGGAACAGGUCCUGUUAUGUUUCAGCGUCAUGUUAGAUUUCAGGUUGACAUUAGUGCUAUUUGUAAACAAGGCGAUGUUGCUGAUUUAUUAUUUGCAAUUACUUUUACCCUCCUAUCAGGAAAUAUUCGUCGUUUUAGAAGAAUAUGUGAGCACAUUCAAUCACAAGUUUGUUCGAAACGUUUUCCUGGCCCAAGCAGUCCACCGACUAUACCAUCAGUUACUCAAGCGGUAUCCGAAAGUUCCUCAUGUGGUUCAGACUCAAGUGAAAGACUUUGUUAUAAAAGGCAGAUUGAAAAUGAUUUAGAAAAUGAAACGAUAUUCGAUAUGAAAACAGGAAAUGGUCGUAGAGCAUCUGCUAGUACGAAUAAUAACAAUCCAGUUACUGAUAUACCAGGGAGCCCCAAAACAGUUCGAUCCAAUAAAAUUUUUAGUUCUGAACAAACCGAACAUGAAAGAUCAAGAGAACGUCCAACUGAAAGACAAGCGACGACUAUGUCGGGUAGUGCAAUCGCAUGAGAAUUAUUUCUCUGAUUUAGUUGCCGAUUAACAAGUAUAUGGAUGACGAAAGGCGAAAAACAACAACAACUUCAACAACAAUUACAAAAUCAAUUAAUGAAGGCAACUUUAUCAACAGCAACAACAACAACAACAACAUCAUCUUCUACA